AUGUUUAUAAUAAAAGGCGAUUUUGUCAAUGGUUGCGAUUAUGGUCGACAUUGUACUUCAUUAAAAAGCAAAAUUUAUCAAUUAAAAAUCACAUUUGGUGAUAAAGAAUCACAUUACGCUAUAUUUGAUUUUCAAGCUAAUUAUAAAGUUGCCGAAUAUAUGAAUGUAGCACAUGGUGGUACUGAAGCUGAACUUGAAAUAAAUCUUACAUUCAAUACUCAUAUAGGAAACUAUGCUUGUUAUGGUCGAAAAUAUGUUAAAGUAUCUUUUGUCGAUUAG